AUGGCAAUUACAAGUGCCCACGGGUCUCAAGGCCCCGUGGUCGUUGGAAUUUGCGUGGCCUUUGCAAUUUUGACAUUUAUUGUCUUAUCGUUGAGACUGUUCGCUCGUAUCUAUGUUCUUGGCAAAAUGGGCGUGGACGACUAUCUCAUCAUUGGAGCUUCUCUUUUGGCUUGGGCAUUCAUUGCAGUCACAAUUGUCGCGGUUGAGAACGGACUUGGUCAACACCUGAAAUAUGCGGACAAGACGAAGCUCAUGGACUAUUCGUUUGCUGUCUAUCUGAGUUCAAUAUUCUAUCUGUCAUGUCUCGGCUUUGUAAAGACAUCUGUUUUAUGGUUCUACACACGUCUAGGAGACCGGUAUUUGACAAAAAUUUCCUACAUCAUGAUAGGAGUUAUCGUUUGUCAAGCGACCUCCUUCGUGCUGGUUGCCGCCUUUCAAUGCCAAACGAUCAGCAAGGCAUGGACUUCCACAGGCCCCGGGAAAUGCGUCAAUAUCAACGUUUUCUAUCUCUGCAAUGCCGCCCUGAACAUCCUGACCGAUCUUCUUACCUACACUCUGCCUAUCCGGGUUAUCUUCAAACUUCAGAUGCCCCGCAAGCAGAAGAUUGCUCUCGGAUUCAUCCUCUGCCUUGGUCUUUUCGCCUGCGUCUCCUCCAUCAUCCGUAUCACCUACAUCCCCACCAUGCUUAGCUCUGCCGACUAUACCUACGCCAUCAGUGGAGCGAUGUACUGGUCCGUCAUCGAGACCAACGUCGGCAUCUUCGCCGCCUCAAUCCCCUCCUUCAAAGCCAUCGCCUCGCGCUUCCUACCCCGCUUCAUUGGCGAAUACAGCAGUGGCCGCAAGUACGGGCCCUGGUCCGGCAACACCGACGGCCGCCGCUACGGCUCCGGCUUCACCAAGGUCACGGAUCCCAACCAUAUCACGAUGGGCACGAUCAAUGGCAAGGAGGACACUACAAUGGGGACGCAGAUCGGUGCAACAAUGGCAGACAAUUCGAGCGAGGAACGAAUUAUCGUGCCGGAAGGCAAGAUCUUCACGCAGACGGAGAUUGAGACGACUAUUGAGUCGAAUACUGGGUAUCACUCGUCGAUGGAGCAGGCUCGUCGAUCGAAACGUGAUUAUUAA